UCCAUGUAUAAUCCUCCUAGCUGGGUAAGUUCCAAUCCCACCAUUUUACUGAAUCCUCUUAUUGUAUCCUUUUUAAUGGAUAGUAAUCUAUCCACUCGCAAUAGGAAUGGCGAAAGGCUACCAAGGGGAUCCAUAGCCCCGCCCCCAGCCGAAGGAUCACAAUCAGGACCUUGACCCCGAAUUCGAAGAAGAUCUGAACAUAUUUGUGGAGCUUGGGAAUGGAGUAUUCUACCAGGCAAGCUAUGAUGGUAUAGAAGUGCCCAUCAUCGCCGAUUAUCCCGGCCUCCUCCCUGCUUCACAUGUAAGUAAUUUAAGAGACACCUUCUUCGAAAGAGCUUCCUUAUUAUGCCUUGCCCACCGCGCUAUUUCGUGCUCCAAAGGGGAGGCGCUCGACGCCACAACGCGCACUAGAAGCAUCUCCAAGGAGAGCGGUGCCCACGCCAAGCACAUCUUCAAAGAGAAAGGCAAACGAUAAUACGGCAGAACCUUCAUCAAAGAGGUAAGGCUUUCUUUUUUAAAAUAUAUCUCCUAGUCGCCACAUCAAAUCGUGACGUCAUCCACCGCAUUAUAUCAGGAAAAGCGUCCACCAGACUAUGUCCGGGGAUCCUGCCGGUCGUGCCUCCACUAGUUAGGUUCCAGACCCUGCCCUAAGGCCGGGGGCUGACACGGUAGUGGCGCCGGACUGUCCUUCCGCAGAGGAUACGAACGAUAUGUCCAUCACGAACUCUGAAGUAGAGAGCGCCAUGAAUCAUCGCUAUCGGAGGGCCGUUCUUGGUGACUGCGGCUUUUCAAAGGAGGCAUUCGAUGCCUUCAGCUCGGUUGAUGCGUACAUUCGAGCUGCUCAAGAUGGACUUGCCAGAGCCACGGACCAGCAUCCAAAAGAUAUGCGGGCACUUAUGGCGAAGAAUAGACUGCUGUCUCAAGAGCUGGAAAAAUGUCAGAGUCAGCUAACUGCGGCUACCUCCGAAUUGGAGAAAUCCAAGGAGCCACCACCAGAAUCGCUAGAGCAACUGAGAGAGAAAUUGAUGGUCGCCUAGGCUGGUGAAUAAGAGGCCAAAAGGCAACAUGCGGCAGGCGAGCGUGUGCUGACGCGGGUCAGGGAGGAAAAGAACAAGCUCCAGGAUUCCCAUACCCAACUGGGCGAAGAACUAAAAGAUGUUCGAGCCCACCUAGCUGAUGCCGUCAAGGAGAAUAGGAGGCUACAAGGCGGCAUAUUUAGUAUGCUGACUGGCCGCCCCAAAGAGGAAAUGUUCGGAUCUCAAGGCGACCCGCUACAAGAGCUGCCCCGGAUGCAUGAGAGAGUUCGGCAAGCAAUGUGGAGUGUUGCCAAGGCUUUAUGGCCAUCCGCCUCUCCUCUAUGAGGUAUGGCGGAGCUCGUGGAGCUAUUCAAAUGGGCACGACAGCGCAUUCGAUUAUGGAAGAUAUCAGCCUGCUGAGAAGGUGCGCGAGAGGCCUGGGCCAUGGUAAAAACACGGUAUACAAAGCUUGAUCCAAAUCAUA